AGGAGCCCAAACUUUCCAGUAGCACCACAGGCAGCUGCUGCACAAAGACAGAGAGAAAGAGGGACAGCUAGAUGAAUAUCAAUUAAAACAGAAGAAAAAUAGUUCAAGCUAACAUUUGGCUCUUUUAAAAUAUUUAAAGCUAAGUUUUUUUCUAUUCAGUUUUAUAUUUAUAUCUUUAUUGGAGAGGGCCCUUUGUGUGAAAAAAAGAGAAAAUGACGAGUCUGCUGUGCAUUACAAUGAUCUCCCUGACCCUGGCUGGCAGUGCAUACAGUAUGCCGAGCUCUCCCUCACCACCAACAGAUAAAGCUUUUGCUAAACUAGGUGGCAACGUCACCCUGACCUGUCGGCUCCUGUCCAAAGACCCCAUGGCCUUUGGUGCCAUUGGUAGCCGAAUCAAAUGGACCAAGGUGGCAGAUGAUGAAGCACUGAAUGAGAAUGUGCUGCUUUCAAUGGGUUUCCACCAGAAAACCUACGGAAGCUUCGAGGGCCGUGUCUUUCUGCAGGAGCACGACAGUGAAGAUGCCUCCAUAAUAAUAACUGACGUCUCCAUGGAUGACAAGGGAAGAUACCGCUGUGAGAUAAUCAACGGGGUGGAAGAAAGCAUGCAAGAUAUUACUUUGGAUGUGCAAGGCGGUCUUAUUGAUGGUGUUGUGUUCCCAUACUCCCCCCCUGUGGGCCGCUACAACCUGAACUUCCCCAAAGCUGUGCAGGCCUGUCAAGGACAGGAUGCUUCUGUCGCCACCUUUGACCAGUUGUUUGAGGCCUGGAAGGGCGGCCUGGACUGGUGCAAUGCUGGCUGGCUGAAUGAUGGCACAGUACAGUAUCCCAUCACCAAACCCAGACAGAAUUGUGGAGGCACCAAUCACGGGCCUGGCGUCAGAAGCUAUGGCCGUCCUGACAAACAAAUAAGCCGCUUUGACGUGUUCUGCUUUGCUUCUGAACUCAACGGACAUUUCUAUUGGCUGGUCCAGCCCGACAGGCUGACCUUUGACGAGGCUGUGCAGGCGUGCAUAGACGAUGGUGCAGAAAUUGCCAAGGUGGGUCACAUGUACUCCGCCUGGAAGCUCGAGGGUUACGAUCGCUGCGAUGCCGGCUGGUUGGCUGACGGAAGUGUGCGCUACCCCAUUGCCAGGCCCCGCAAGAACUGCAGCCCCACAGAAGCUGCAGUGCGCUUUGUUGGAUUCCCAGACAAGAUGCAAAAGUCUUACGGCGUCUACUGCUACAAGGCUUAGCAGUGAGGUGGUAGGUAGCAGUAGGGAAGCCAUAAUCACCAAAGAGCAGCAACAACCACAACCAAUAAAAUCCACAAUAAAGCAGACAAGCUUUGGAUCUUAGCUAGCAUGAGCUCAAUACUUUUUUGAAACUGUGAUAACCCUCCUUAACUUCUAAAAACAAAUACUGUACAUCUUACUUCCAUAUGCAAUGAAUGACAAAAUAUUUGUAGCCAUUAAGUUUUGUUUUUCUCUAACUGUGCAUUGAUUAAUUUUACAGAGACUGUUGGGGAAAAGGCAACAGUGUUAAUGUAUGAGUGAUAUGACAGAGACCAGAACGAUGAUUGUAAAACAUGAUCUAAGUUUGAUUUGACUUCCACAGAAUGAUUAGAUGUGUGAAGUUUAAGAUUUAGAGCGCUUCUGCUCAUGUGCAGAUGAUAUUUGCUGCUUUAAAAUGUAUCUAAAGAACAAAACAAUGUAACAUGUUAUUCAUGUAUCAAGUAUCACAUCAAUAAAACACCUUAGAUUGAUAACAACGCCAUGAACAUAACUACCACUGUUGAGCUAAGGAUAUAACCGUGUUUUACUGCAGUAAGUAUUCAACUGGAUCCCUCUCUCUUUUAACCUGAGGAGUUGUGAUCAAAUUUACAGUUUAACAGGAAAACGAAUGUAAAUGUAUCAAUGGACUGUGACUUUUUCUGCAUUGAUAGCUCCCAUCAGAUCAACUUCCAAUUACAAUUUGAAAGACAGUUUAAAUAUUGUAACCUCAUGCAGUAUGUUUGUUUUAACAUUUUUAUGUUUUUUUUAUGUUUGUCACUAUAGUUUUAGGUUUUUAAUGUUCUGAACACAACCUUUUUCUAAAAACAUACCUGUGAUUGUCUUGUCUUGACAGUUGUAGCAAAAAUGUUGGGGCUGAAAUCCACAAUGACUGCAGUGACAGUUUCACAAGUUCUUACUGAGGUUGUGAGCUGUAAAUGGUACAUUUCCACUAGCACUCUAUUGUUUUAAAGACCUGAGCAGUACUGACGAUCACUCCUAAAUAAGGAUUCACUAAUAGUUAUGCUGUAGUGAUCUGAAUACAUGUUUGGGAAUAAAAAAUAAAAAGCCAACAGAAAACCAUAACAAUUGUGUCCUGUGGACCACAGUGAGCAUGUUUUGGACAUACAGAGCUGUUAAUCUAAAGGUGUGCCAUAAUCAGAAGAUAGCAACCUUUUUAGGUAUCCGUUACCAAAACAAUAUGAUAUUUGUGUUAGACUUUUUCUAACCCUGGGCACUGACAUAUGGUACUUACUGCAGGUUGUAGUAAUAUGGUGAUGCAUUGUAUGUAAAAGCAAAACUUAAAAAUGUCUCUCACACUUGUGCAUUUGUAUACACUUGUGCAUUAAAAAAGGUAUUUUUGUAUCGUAUCACCAUGUACCUUUUUCAACAAAGCAGUUUGAAAUAAAGAAUAUGACUUUUAA